GAACCCAAAAAUCUCUCUGUUUUUGCGUAUAGUGGCUGUACUCUAUUCCUUCCUUUCUUCCUUCCUUCCCCCUCUCUCUCUCUCUCUCUCUCUCUCUCUCUAUUGAUGUAUUACAUAUUAGUGCAUCUCUAUAAUCUCUGAGCUGAAUCGUUUCCUGAGAUCAAGGUGCCACAGAUCCGGCGAUUUCUCUCUCUUGGAUCUCGGAAAUGGAGCAGAAAAAUCAGUGUUUGUUGUCUUCGUCUUCGACUCUCUUUUUACUUGUCUUCUUCCUUUUGACCAGCCUCUCUGUCUCUGCAUCUGCUUCCUCUUUCAUUUCAGAUGAUAUGUUUGGGGGUAGAUCUUUAAUGGGUCGGAAUCUUCUUCAAGCCAAGAAAGCUUGCCCUGUAAACUUUGAGUUUUUGAACUACACCAUCAUCACCAGCCAGUGCAAAGGACCGCAGUACGCCCCCAAUAUCUGUUGUCCAGCAUUUAAAGAAUUUGCUUGCCCUUAUGUGGAUGCGCUAAAUGACUUGUCUAAUGAUUGCGCUACAACCAUGUUCAGUUACAUCAACCUCUACGGGAAAUACCCACCUGGCCUUUUUGCCAGUGUGUGCCGGGAAGGGAAGCAAGGGCUUGCAUGCCCUGCAACUGCACCUACACAAUCGGCCGAUUCCAUCAGUGGAAGUCAGAGUGUACACGAUUCCAUCAGUGGAAGUCAGAUUGUACGCAAUCCAUCCCUGCUGCUAGUGCUCACGAAGGUCCUCCUAGUGGUGGUCUUAUGAUUGUUUUGAUGGGAUAUACGUUAUUUUCUUGAUAUGUAUACGUGGUUGUGCUUCGUUAACCUUGUUGAAAUCACAGUUUCUAAAGUGGGUUUUGGCCAUGGUUUCUUACAUUUGCUAGGGUUCCUAUUCUUUGAUUUCACUACUGAGAAAAUAGUGUUGUUUGUAUUGGUUUGUGCAUUAAUUUACCAGAUGUUCUGGAAAAAAUGAAAUUCUUGGUCUUCUCCAAGAUCUUUUAAUUUAAUAUAGGCUUCCAUUGAUUAUGUU